AUGUCUGACAGUUACUCUCUGAACUCUUCUACAACCCAGCUGCCCGUAGAGGGCCCUCAAGGGGCGAAUUCUUCUUAUAGCUCGUUUCCUAGCUCACCUAAGACCCUUGUUCAAGUACAAAGUCACCUUGUGAACCAUGACAGUUCAACGGAGAUAGAUGAGUAUGAGGAGGAAGAUGCAGAGCAAUACCUGCGGUUCUCCCCGUCUCGAAAGAUAGCCAUCGUGGCUAUCUUAACAUUCUGUGCUUUCCUUACUCCCGUUUCUUCCACUGCUAUCCUAACCGCUGUUCCGGAACUUGCAACGACCUUUGGGACGACAGGAGAUAUGAUAAAUGCCAGUAAUGCGCUGUAUCUUGCGUCUAUGGCCGUCUCUUGCUUGUUUUGGGGUCCUCUCAGCCAGGUAUGGGGUCGUCGUCCUAUAUUUGUCCUAAGCGGGCUGCUAUUUUGGCUCUCCACGGCCGCCACUGCCUUAUCUCCCAACCUUCCUGCAUACUGUAUAUUCCGAGUUCUCACUGCCCUACAAGGCACGUCAUUCCUCGUGGUGGGAAGCUCUGCAAUUGGGGACAUCUACGAGCCUCGGGCCAGAGCCACUGCAUUGGCAUGGUUUCUGUCAGGGAGUAUGACGGGGCCUGCUUUAGGUCCAUUCCUAGGGGGUAUUGUGGUCACAUUCAGGCAGUGGAGAGUCAUCUUCUGGCUCUUGACCGCACUGACCGGCUUCGCCGUCCUGUUAGUUACCCUGUUCCUCCCAGAGACCAUUCCGCACACAUCGAAGGCCGAGCUUGCGGGCCACCGUUAUCCGAAGAGGGUCAAAAUGCUAUGGCAGCGCAUCUCACCCUUACGUGCCCUCCUUCUCCCGUUGUCCCAUCCGAAUAUCUUCAUUACCGGCCUAGCAGCCGGCGCUCUAGUCUGGAACCAAUACGCUCUCUUGACGCCAAUCCGAUACGUUCUCAACCCUCGCUUUCACCUGUCCAGCCCAAUCCAAGCUGGUCUUUUCUAUCUUGCGCCGGGCUGCGGAUACCUGGCCGGCACCUUCGUGGGCGGCCGCUGGGCCGAUUACACCGUGAAAAAGUACAUUAAAAAACGCAAUGGACAGCGCGUGUCGGAGGACCGACUCCGGUCCUGUCUCCCAUACAUCUGUGUCGUUACACCAGGCUGUCUCCUUGUCUACGGCUGGACCCUCGAUCGAGAGGUCGGUGGCAUCGCGGUGCCCGUGGUAGCAAUGUUCCUGCAGGGCGUGGCGCAAAUGUUCUGUUUUCCUAGUCUUCAAUCCUACUGUCUGGAUGUGAUGCAACCGCAUGGCCGCAGUGCGGAAGUCGUCGCCAGCAGUUACGUCUUUCGAUACGUGUUUGCGGCACUGGGCACCGGCGUUGUCUUACCUGCUACUCAGUCGCUUGGUGUUGGAUGGUUCAAUACCAUAUCUGCGCUGUUUCUGGUAUUCUCUGGUAUCCUGGUGUGGUUGACGGUUAUCUAUGGCCCGCGGUGGCGGGAAGCUGCUGAUUUGAAGUACUCUCGGAAAGCAGUUGAGGACAAGCAGGCUCAGGCAGAAGCAUGA